UUGUAAGUUUCCGAUGGUGUUGAACAAGCGAAGAGUAUCUAUUCCAUUACGGAUAUCUAUUCCUCUUACUUCUCUAUGGGCGUGUGAUGUCUUCCUAAGUUGCGACCAUGAAGACAUUUUCUCCGACCACUUGUACCACAAAUUGAAGUCUCGAGGAAUUUGUACUUUCCAGGAUGGCCAACUGUCUCGAGGAAUUUGUACUUUCCAGGAUGGCCAACAAUUGCAAAGAAACACAACUCCUCAGUUUGCCAUUGUUGUUCUCUCGCAAAACUAUGCUUCUUCGCCCCAGCGCUUGAAUGAACUUUCAAAAAUUCUAGAGUGCAUAAAAGAUAGGAACAGGAUUCUGCCGGUAUUUCGUGAUGUUAAUCUGUUCCAUGUCCAAAAACAAAAAGGGACUUUUGAGAAAGCAUUUGAAAAGCAUGAAGAAAGGUUUCAGGAUGACUUGGAAAAGGUUCAAGCCUGGAGAGAUGCUUUAACCCAAGUGUGCAAUUUUGCUGGAUGGACUACCAAUGAUAGGAAUGAAGUACAGGUUAUAGAAGAAAUUACUGAAGCACUGUGGAACAAACUACAUUCUAGACUCAGUCCAACGGAAAAACUGCACCCGACGUCCACACACAACUUGGUCGCAUUCACUAGCAUUAGUGUUAAUGAGGACAACCAUGAUCAUAACCAUCCAAUAAACAUUACAGAUGUGACGGCUACUUCAGUAGAGUGGAACUUUUUGAUCACUAGUCUUGGCCUAGAGAUCUUGUCAGCGGCUUUUGAUCAGGCUUCCUCCUCAAGUGAGCCACACUAUGCACUAUUUGGUAUGCUUUUUUCUAUUGCAGCCUUGUUCACUUGCAUUUGGGAGCUCAUUUACAAGGGCAUAAAGAAUAGAGUAGUAUUGAAGAAGUUCGGAAAGCUCUGGUGGUUUUAUUAUCCACAUCCCCACACUAGCAUGCCUUUCGGUACUCUCCCUGAGAUUUACGGAUUAAUUGGAAGCAUCGCUCAGUGCAUAUGCUCUAUAACUCAAUACAUUUACUUCUCUUGGCAUGCUGAUAGUCCCAUAAAACUCUCACUUUUACCAGCAAUCUUUCUUUUCUGUUUGGCUGGUUCAAGACUAAAUAGGAAUCAAAACCAUUGUUGAUCAGACUAUUGUAAGUAAAUGCCAACACAAAGAGUACAUAAUCGUGAUUGAAUGAACCUUUGUGAUGGUUUUUUGAGAACAACUUGAGGUAGAUACGGGCAUAUAAUUACUUGUAUCCAUCUGUUGCGAAUUUCUGUUUAUGUUUGUAGCCUAAAUGAGUUUUUACACAGUUAGUAUCAAGCAACUAUAGCAACUUAUACCAGCCUAAUGAUGAUAACCUUACGAUUAUAUACAUGAUUUGUUCUACCGUAUGAUUAUAAACAUGAUUUGUUCUACUGUACUAUGCGAGAAAAUACGAAUAGGUUUUGCCAUCUGGACUGAAGUGAUGAUUUUGUUUUUAGAUCUAACCAAUUGCAAAAGAACUCACAGUUGGAUCAUUGGAAAGUACUAUUCAGGAUUAUUUUUCAUUUUCUUUCACAUAACCAUUUCAUUAAGCAAGGGUUGGCUGGAGUGGAGGUCGUUGGCCAUGGAUAUCGGUAUGAUUAUAUUAUGGUUUGUAUUCCCCUGAGAAAAAUUGCCCAAUGUUUCCAAAUUAGUUCAUCUUCGAACCUUUCCGGCAUAAAUUGUAGAUCUCAGAGAGGUCAUAUUUCUUUGGGUUGGUAGUAAUGGAAUGGUUUCAUUCAUUUUUGUUAUAAGAUUUUUGGUGGUCGUUUCCUCCUGGCUUAUAUAUGUGACAUGGCAGAAGCUUUUACCAAAUGAAGCUUCAGCUUUCUUUUGCAAAGAUUGACUGCUGGGAUGUAGAUUAAAAUUGAAGUGUGUAUCACUACAGUUUCCUGCUUUCCAUUAUGUUUUGGAUGCUCAACUAUUGGCUUUGCUUGUUCUUGCAACUAGACUACUCCAAAUAUAUAUGCCCAUAUAUAUCAUGUCAGUCAACCGCUAGACUCCAAAUAUUCAAGGAACGUAUUAUCAAAGCAGAUUAAUGUUUGAGUUUUGAAGUUAGAGAUGGCAUAUUUGAUCAUUUGAUGUAUCUAUAGCGGUUAUAGAUUGACCAGUAUUUACACCUUCCAUAAUCUUUUGUUAAAGCAUCCAUAUAGUUGUCAUGUGCAUCUCAUCAACUCUUUCAAACAGUAUGUACACAUUGCAAAUCGGAGGAAAUUCUUGCAACACUGGAGCAAUUUGGCAGAUGAUUUGGUUACUGUUAACUGAUAUGCAACCUUGGUUUCUUAUAGACAUUGUCUAAGGUGCAUUCAAUUCUUAGUUGGCUUAUCCUCAUAGCUGUCAACUUCUUUCUUUAAUAAUUAAGAAAGAUAAAAAUUCUUGCUUUGUCUCACUUGUAUUUGCAGUUUUGCAGACGAAGUGAUGAACGAACUCUAAGAUUUUGAGUUUGGCAAGAUUGAUUCCAGGCACAUAUUGUCUGUUACAAAAUGCAACAAAGCUAACAGGCUUUAGGGAUACCUGUUUUUUAUUCAAUUAUUAUUUCCCGAUGAAAUAGUUUCAGGACAGAAAACCUAUUGCUGAUUGCUGAUAUAUGCAGAACUUACACCAAACCAUAUUGGCUUGGAAAAUGACUUGGAAACCACAUGGUCAAAGUAUAGCACCAAAACCAAAAAACUUGGUGUACUAGUAAACAUUGGCUUUUGUUACAUGGUUUAUUAGGGAAAGGAAGAAAUUAAAAGCAUACUCUUACACUUACCUGAUGAUCAUUAGUGGAGUUAGGGAGUCCUAAUGGUUGUUCAUUUCUACACCUUGGAAGUUCUUAUCAAUGACCUGAGAAAAAUAAAUGAACAGCUUACAGCAGUUAAAAAGUGCCACCACCAUGCAGCUGGCAGCAGCCCAUGUCAUCUUUCUGGCAUGGUAGGUAUGGAUUUUUCUCUUAUCAUUUUUCAAAUGAGAUUGAUAGUAAGUGUUAGUCUUGUUCUACCAUUAGUCAUAACAUAUAUGUGGCUUCGGCUCAUAGCAGAAAACUUUACCAAGAUGAGCGCUUCUUAUGCGGACAAAAAUAUUGAGUGCUUUUUAGAGCAUGUGAUAUUUUUAGCUUUGAAAGUACUGACCUGCUGUUAUAACAUACGAAAGUACGUACUGAUCUUAUUAGUCACUUUUGGACAGAAACAUUGACACAGUUCACGGAAGGAGCAUAUUUACACAAAAGAAACCAUGAAUAAUUAAUCGAUACGAGUAUCAGUUUUGGGAGAAUAGCUAAAUUUUGUUUCAGGAAAACAAAUCAACUGCUGAUUGCAGAUAUAGGUGAGCUUACAUCAUAUCAAACCUCGGAGAAUUUGAGGGGUCAAACUUUUGGGCGUUGGGAAAGACUUGGUAACUGGAGACAAGUGCCAAGGGAGUUUACAUCAAAUCCAGAACAACAGAAAGAACAAAGAGGAAGACCUAAACAACAGGAGGUUUGUUGAGGAAUAACAAUGCCAUUGACCAAGUCCUCCCAUCACCUGCCCUGAGUUAUCAAAGAGAGCCAAGGAAGCAGCAGCAGAGUGGGAACAACGACAAGCUAGGAGCCUAGGAAUGGUCUUCUGCACUUCACUACUGUUAUGCUUCUCUAAAUGGGAAAAAAAACUUGCGCAAAAACGUGUAAAACAACGACAAGUGUGGCCCUUGACUCACAAUUGUAUCAAUACUUUCCCAACUUAACCACCUGUUAUGUGUUGAGUUUUUAAUUACAAAAAGCCUCGAUACAAUUAGGUGUGAUCUACUCACUUAUAAAAGUUAAAUUAUCUUUUGUCA